UUAUAAAUAUUGGGUUGUUAAACACGGUACUCAAAUUUCCGAGUAACACCCACAAAAUAAAAUUAAAUUUACAAAUUUACCCUUAUGUAUUAGCAAAAUUGUUUUUAGUUGCUACCAUCUCCAAUCACUUUCACCAACACCAAUUUCACUCCACUCCAAAAACUUUCACCAACACCACCACCACCACCUCCCUUUACUUACAAAUCACCACCACCCACACUACGAAAACAUCCCGAUCUACCCAUCACCACCAUCAACCUUUGAUAAUAGUAGUUAAGACAUUUAGUUAUUGGUAAUUUGGUAAUAGGACAAUCUAUAUGUAUCAAUUCUGCUUUUAAUUUUGGCAUUAGCUGAUAAUUUGGGGCACCGCCGCCACCACCACCACCAUCAUCCUUAUCCUAUUGUUCAGAUCAAUUCUAGACUAAGCAAAAGACGCUGUUGUUUAAGCACGUGCAUAGUGUUGAUAAGUAGCUGGCCAUGGAAAGAGCUAGUUCGCUUCUACAAGCACCAACUUACGGUAACUUAAUAACUAUUCUUAGCAUCGACGGAGGCGGAGUCCGAGGGCUGAUUCCGGGAACCAUUCUAGCCUUCUUAGAAGAUGAGCUUCAGAAAUUAGAUGGAGAGGAAGCAAGACUAGCAGAUUACUUCGACGCGAUGGCAGGAACCAGCACAGGUGGUCUAGUGACAGCAAUGCUUGCAGCACCAAAUGAAAAUAAUCGCCCUUUGUUUGCUGCCAAAGAUAUCAACCAAUUCUAUUUAGACCAUUGUCCCGGGAUUUUCCCUCAAGAGAAGUCUAUUUUUGGUCAUGCAAAGGAUAUAAUGAGAUCGUUAAAAGGACCCAAAUAUGAUGGAAAGUAUCUACAUGAAAUUGCAAAGGAAAAGUUGGGAAAUACAAGGCUACAUCAGACACUGACUAACAUUGUUGUGCCAACUUUUGACAUUAAGCAUAUGCAGCCAAUUGUCUUCUCCAGCUAUGAGGUAAAAAGAACACCAAGUUUAGAUGCCUUACUCUCAGAUAUAUGCAUAGGAACUUCAGCUGCACCAACUUACCUCCCACCCCAUCACUUCAACACCCAAGGACCGAAUGGAGAAGUCCGAGAAUUCAACCUUAUCGAUGGUGGUGUAGCUGCCAACAAUCCGGCAUUGGCCGCGAUAAAUGAAGUAUCAAAUGAGAUAUAUAGCGGAAGCCCGGAUUUCUUUCCUGUAAAACCAUCAGAUUAUCAUAGAUAUUUAGUACUGUCCUUAGGUACAGGAACAACAAAGUGCGAAGAGAAGUAUGAUGCAGAAACCGUAGCAAAAUGGGGUGUUUUAGGGUGGCUUACUUGUGGUGGAUCCACUCCUUUGAUCGAUGUGUUCAUGCAAGCUAGUGCUGAUAUGGUGGAUUUUCAUCUUUCCACUGUUUUUAAGGCCCUUCAUAGUGAUAAAAAUUACAUUAGAAUCCAGGAUGAUACAUUAACCGGAGAUUUAGCAUCUGUUGAUAUUUCAACAGAGGAAAACUUGGUUAAUCUAGUAAGAAUUGGUGAAGAAUUGCUUAAAAAACCAAUUUCAAAGUUGAAUUUGGCCACUGGUGUAUGUGAGCCAACCAGUCAACACACAAAUGAAGAAAUUCUCAAGAGGAUAGCAGAGAUACUUUCAAAGGAGAGGCGACUACGUUACAUAAGAUCACCUCAAGGGGAAGGACGCGUUCAUUACAGGCGAACCCAUACUGAACAAGCAGGAACUAAUGAACCAGCUAGCUAGGGAAUGUUAUCAAAGAUUGAUCUGUUGGUGCAGUGACACCACUUGCCUGCCUCUUGUUUCUUCAAUGUCGUAUUAACACUCGGAAAAAGGAAUAUGAAUGCUUAUCACUUUUCUUAUCCUGUGUUUAGUAGAAAGUUUAAUUUAUGGAUGAUAAAAUACUAUGUAUUUAUUUACUGUACCAAUUGCAGAUGAUUGAUUCUUCUUAUCUUGA